CAGUCCGGUGGACAGAGACGGUCUGGCGCGGCCAUCGGUACGAUUUUGACAGGGGACCGAUCGGUCCCUAUAGCUUUACGGUGUUCACAAUACCCCAUCCCAUAUCAAUGAUAUCAUCCCAUCCUUGUUACAUACACCACAAACAUGCAAAAUGCAGCUAUAAAUAGAGGUGAGUCUGCAGAUUCCGCAUACUCGUCUACUAAAACACACACCCAAAUAACUAGCUAGACUGAAGAGAGCAACCAAAUGGAGCACUACCUCUGUGAAGCUGCAAUUACUGGGGACACCGAUUCACUGGACGCCAUAAUCCAAAAAGAUCCACUGAUUCUACAUAAAUUUGCAGACGGAUGUUUCAAUGGCGCCGCAUGUCCUCUCCACGUGGCUACAUCAAACAACCAAACACACUUUGUCGAAGAACUACUGAAUCUCAAACCGGAGCUGAAAUUGAGACUCACAGAAGUCUUAGAUUCGCAACUACGGUCUGCCCUUCACUUGGCAUCGGCCAUGGGGCACCACCAGAUUGUUAAGGUAUUAUUGAAUGCCAACCCAAAGAUGUGCUUGGUUCGCGAUCGAGACGGUAAAAACCCCGUCCAUGUGGCUGCCAUGGAAGGCAAGACCAAUGCCUUGAAAGAGUUGGUUCAAGCCCGCCCGGAAGCAGCUCGAGUCAGGGUGGAUCAAAAUGAGACGAUCUUGCACUUGUGUGUCAAGCACAACCAGUUGAAGAGCUUGAAGAAACUGUUGAAGAAGAUAAAAGGUCGGGAUUUUGUCAACGCUAAGGAUAGUGAUGGAAACACCAUUUUGCAUCUAGCUAUUUUGUAUGAGCGCUUCGAGAUCGCGUGUUAUGUCCUAGAGAAGCUAACAAUAGAUGUGAAUGCGACAAAUGCAAGUGGACACACAGCAAUGGAUAUUUUGUUCCUUGGACCAGAUAUCCUUGGAUCAGAUAACAAAGAAAAGAGUCAUAUUGGAUUAAAUAAGGUAGAAGAGAGUCAUAUCGAAGACUUACUUCGAAAAGACAAUGCUAAACAGGCGAAACUUCUCGUAGGUGGAGAUUGGCUUACGGAUAAAAGGGAAUCCUUAAUGAUUGUGGCAUCACUUAUUGCGACAAUGGCAUUCCAAGCUGGGGUGAGCCCUCCUGGAGGCGUUUGGCAAGAGGACACUGAUAAAUAUCGAGCCGGGGAAGCUGUAAUGGCUUAUUAUUAUCAAGAUUCCUAUCCGUACUUCCUCCGCUUUAACACGAUAGGGUUCGUUGCAUCAUUGAGCACAAUUUUGUUGCUCAUGAGCGGAUUAAAAUUCAGGAACAAGGCUAUGAUGUGGGUCCUGAUAGUGACCAUGUGGUUGGCAAUCACAUCAAUGGCAAUUACAUAUUCGUUUUCCAACGUUGUGGUUACUCCUAAAAGGGACAGACCAUCACUCACUAAUAUCAUUAAAAUUGGAGUUAUAGUGUGGUCCAGUGUGAUGGGUCUUCUUCUAGUGAAGCACACAAUCGGGUUGGUGGCAUUUUUUGCGAAAGAGAGAAGGAGCAAAAUGCAGGCAAAGAAAAGGAUUAUGACAUCUGAGACGGCGUAGAGUUUCUUCGAUCGUAAGCCCGUUCUACGCAACUUCCUAGGUGGCAAAGAUUGAGGAGCGACUCCUCCCCUUUCCCUCAGUUCUUAGACGAUAUACAUAGGAAUGAAUAUUAGGCUUUCCAAUGUUGGAACUUUUGUUCAUGGUCUGUAUUAUACUGUUGUGAAGGAUAAUAAUCCUCCGAUAUUGGACUGUUUCGGAGAGAGAAGAUUGUAGACAAGUGUGCUAGCUGGACUUCCAUUACCUACAAAAACGAUCGGCAGGGGUUUCUUUUUUUUUUUUUUCUCGGCAACAAUGGGUAGGUACGUGGCUGAUGAAGAUGAUUUCAUGGAGGAUGACAAGGUCUUCGCGAGGAUGGUGCCUCUUGUUUCUCUCGGUCUUCGGGUUUGUUCUCUCGGUUUGUUUGUCUCUGUUGGCUUUUGCUUGUUUCGGUGUUGCCUGUCGCUGGAUUGUUUUUAGUGGUUGUUCGGUUUUCGGUGUUUGUUUGUGGUGAUUUGGUCGGCAUUUUGCCUUCUUUUUGUUUUGGCUGGUUCUCAGGUGGUGUAUGCCGGUGUGCCUGUGAUCCUUUUAAUUUUUGUAAUCAUUUUCAAAGAUUAAUAAAAAUAUGUUUGGCCGAUCGAAAAAAAAAAA